AUGCAGUAUCAAGAUGCCAUGAAGUGCUCCUUGCAAAAUAGCGGCACAAGUAAUGGAAUUUGUGCUGGUCACGGAAAAACUGGAGACUCUGCUCGUGUGGUUGGACCUCUCCAUCCCGUCUCCCGUAAAUCAAAAUCCUCCCACAAGGCAAAAUUUGUCAAUUCUCUUGAAUACCUGCUCGACUUGCACGCCUACUCCUGUGAUAUCUAUGUGGCCAGAAAACGGAUGUUACGCAAAGAGAAGGACGAUACGCGGCGCAAAUUAGUUCGAGGCAGGACGCGAUUCACGCUUUGCAAGUCACCUUCGAGGGUGUUUAUCCAUUGCGUCUCUCGUCGCAGUACCGUGAAAUUUUGGGCUGUCGUAAACUACGGUCAAUUUAACUCGAUUUACGCUGGAAUUUCUUGGAGCGUGCCUCGAUCCAGAAUUCUUGUCGUGCGGAAUAUGGAGGAAAAUGAUCAUAUUUUUCGGGACGAGACAACGGUAGCGAGGGUAAACGACAGAGUGGGGAUAGCUCAAGAGAAUGCACAAGUGAAGCCGUUAUGUACGCUCCUCUUCCCUAAUUUCAUCUGA